AUGGACCCCCUCGAAGAAGCUCCAUGGGCCGACACUCCCCCUCAAUCAACCACCUCCGUGACAACAGCGCUAGAUGACGACGCGGCGAUAACUUCGUCGACUGCGUCUAACAAGCCAACCUCCCUAACGCCGUCAUCGGCCAUGUCCUCUUCGGGGGGUCGAUCGUCGCGCGUAACACCUCGUCGGCUUGUGGCCCAACCCACGCGCCUACAGGUGGUCGAGGAUGAUCCGCUCGGCCCGUUGGGAUCUGCCGGCAGCACUUCAGUACAGGCUGGCGGUAAUGCUACCAGCUUGGGAGGCUUGGAGUCCCCGCCCGUGCCUCCCUCGAAGGAGUUAUCCUUACCUUUGCGCACAACUAUACCGACGACAUCCGGUGGAACAGCACGGGGCCCACCGGACCCGCAUCGCAUCGUCGAUGACGACGCCGACAAUAAUUAUGGUAGGGCACCGAGGGCGCCCCCCCCCGUCGCUGCCGCGCAGCUGAGUCCAAUUCGAACGACGAGCCGGCCGAGCGUUAGCGUUGAGCAGGCUGCGAAACCGACAUUCUCAAUUACUGUCGGUGACCCGCACAAGGUUGGUGGUGCUACGGGUUCGCACAUUGAGUACAGUGUCAAGACAAAGACCACUUCUAAAGCUUACAAGCAUGGGGAAUUCGUCGUCAACAGACGCUACCGCGAUUUCCUGUGGCUGUAUAACCAGCUGCAUGCUAAUAGCCCAGGUGUUGUCGUUCCCCCUCCGCCAGAGAAGCAGGCUAUGGGCCGCUUCGAAAGCAACUUUGUUGAAUCAAGAAGGGCGGCCCUCGAGAAAAUGCUCAACAAGGCUGCUGCGCACCCAACGCUGCAGCAUGAUGGCGACCUUAAACUGUUUUUAGAGAGCGAGGCGUUCAACGUCGAUGUGAAGCACAAAGAACGCAAAGAGCCCAAUCUGGGUGAAAGCAAAGGCAUCAUGAGCAGCUUGGGUAUCAACGUUGGUGGUGGCGUCAAGUUUGUUGAGCAGGAUGAUUGGUUCCACGAUCGCAAGAUCUAUUUAGAUGCACUGGAAAACCAGUUGAAGGCGCUUUUGAAGGCUAUGGACACAAUGGUGAACCAGCGCAAGGCUAUGGCCGAAGCAGCGGGAGAAUUCGCUGCAUCGUUACACGCUUUAUCCACCGUCGAACUGUCGCCAGGAUUAUCGGGCCCGCUGGAGGCCCUCUCGGACUUGCAGGUAACCAUUCGCGAUGUCUAUGAUCGUCAAGCCCAGCAGGAUGUGCUCACCUUCGGUAUCACCAUUGAUGAGUACAUUCGCUUGAUUGGUAGCAUCAAGCAAGCCUUCUCGCAGCGCCAAAAGGCCUUUUACAGUUGGCAUACCGCGGAUGCAGAGCUCCAGAAGCGAAAAUCUUCACAGGACAAACUUCUACGGCAGGGCAAGAGUCAACAAGAUCGUCUCAACCAAAUCAACGCCGAAGUAGCAGAUGCAGAAAAGAAAGUCCACCAGGCCAGGCUUCUCUUUGAGGACAUGGGCCGCUUGAUGCGAAACGAGCUGGACAGGUUUGAAAAGGAAAAGGUGGAAGAUUUCAAGAGUGGUGUGGAGACUUUCCUGGAAAGCUCAGUGGAGGCACAAAAAGAGGUUCGUGCGAUUGCCAAACACGUAUCAUGCUCAUCUCUAUAUAUUUCGCACCUGCCCCGAUCCCAUCGUAAAUUUGAAGAAGAACGAACCGCUGACCGUCUUAUACAGUUGAUUGAGAAGUGGGAGACCUUUCUCAUGCAGCUUGAUGCUGAGGAUGACGAGACUGUCUUUUACAGGCCCCCCGUCUUUCAUCCGAAUAGCAAACCAGCUGGAGACACGGCGGUGGACCGGGCCAGAGCCCGGAUCGACGAAGAGUCAGACUAG